AAAGUCUAGGGUUUUCAUCCCCCUGCAGUCCCCGCGGCUUCUCCCAUGAUAUUUGGUAAACGUCAUGCCUUUUGUAGUGUGGAUGAUCGGAUGAUCGUACACAUGGUCGUUGUUGAGUUGUCUGAUGUGAACUUUUUUCAGUUGAUCAUCAGCGAAGAUAUAAUUUGCAAUGGGAAAGGGAAAGCUUAUACUGAUAUGCCAAUCUGGCGGUACCUUUAUCACAAAUGACGAUGGGUCCUUGUCAUAUACUGGAGGAGAGGCAGAGGCUAUUGACAUCAACCAUGAAACAGUAUUUGAUGAUCUCAAGUUUAAAUUAGCUGAAAUAUGGGAUUUAGACUAUACAUCUUUGUCUAUCAAAUACUUUCUUCCUGGAAAUCGGAGAACACUUAUCAAUUUAUCAAAUGACAGAGACCUAAAGAGAAUGUAUGAUUUCCAUGGAGAAUCAGUGACGGCGGAUGUUUUUGUGACAGGGAGAAAGGGAUUUGAUCAGGUAGCCUUUGACAUGCAUCAUAACAGGGCAUGUGGGAUUAAAGUGGCUGAAACUGUGAUUGCAACUGUCGCAUCUCAACCUGCUAUGACAAUGCCUGUUGCAAUGGAAACAGAAACUGGUACCAUUGAUGAUACUUCCAAACUUGCCCCUGUUGCUUCCAGAGACAACUUAGUAGCUGCCAAGAAAACUACUAAAAGCAGCACCAGAUUGACUGCUAAAUCAAAAAGGUUAACUACUAAAAGCUCCACUAGAGUGACUAGAACUUCGAAACGUUCUCGUGCCUAUAAGAUUGACAGUGAUCCUGGUGCUGCUUGUUCUGUUCGAAAUGCCACUGCUGAUGAUUGUGGCCAUGGCCUAAUAAUAGUUGAUAUGAGCGCUACCCCAGCUGAUACUGUUAAGAAAAGAAGGCGGACUGCAUAUUGGCAAAGUACUCCUAAUGGUCCUACAAUAGUUUCUAUCACUGAGAAUGUUGGGGAGACAAGAAAAGGUACAUCUAGGAGAAGGAAUGUAGAGAGCGACAGUCCUAGUGCAAUAUCUUAUUAUGUGGAGCAGCAAGUAGAGACCGGACCUUUGAUGGAGGAUUCUUCUGGUGCAUUAGUUCUUGCCAAUACUGGUGAUGCUUCUUCAAAGGAGUUGAUUGCGUCAUGGAAAGAUUGUAUUACCGGUGUUGGCCAUGAUUUCAGAGUGUGGUUGAGUUUCGUGAUGCACUGCAAAAAUAUGCCAUUGCACAUCGUUUUAUUGUCAGGUUAAGAAAAAUGACACUAACCGUGCAAGUGGCAAAUGUAUAGCUGAUGGCCUGUUCUUGGAAGAUACAUGCAUUCCU